AUGGAGAUGAAUGGGCUCAUCGUCCCGACGGAGGAGACGCGCCCACCGCGCAUCGACACGACCGACCUGGCGCCUUCAACAGAUCCUACAUCCUCAUCCUCAAUUGCGACAACUUCUCGCUCGCACAGUCCGAUAUCGUCGGCGCCACCAACACCCAGACCUCGGACAUCGCUCUCACGACAAUCUUCACAGCAUGCCAACUCGCCUGUCAUCAACGGCAAAAAUUCGCCUCGACCUCAACAACACUCCCCCUUUCGACGUCCAUCAAGCUCCGCCAGCAUGAAUCUGGCACCUGCCUCGCCGAGACUGUCCAAGAGGGGUUCGCGGUCAUCGCUCGGCGGUGCGCAGAGGGAGGAGAAYGACAAACGGCCGACGCCCAAGCGAUCCAUCUCCAACGUCAUAUCUGGCCUUAGAGACGCGCAGACAAACAUGGAGUCCAUUGAGGAGCCUAUCCCUCUCACUGCCGCUCAGAUUGCCACGGAACACUUCACAAGGGAGCUGCUGAGCCACUCGCAGUCUGGUUCCGAGGCUGAAACCGUCGUCAUCCUGCAUGAUGCUUGCUACGGACAUCGCUGGUCACGUCUCAAGACCAGCAAGUCGUCCUUGUCAAUGAUUGUAGAGAGGCCGGAGCGAAUACACGCCAGCGUACUGGGAGCCUCAACCGCAUAUGUUCGUCUUGGAGCCCAUCACUCGGGUGCACAGCAUGCGCCACAUCCUGAUCGACAAGAGGUUUCGAAACCACCUUUUCAGAUUCGGCGCUCUGCGCGAUCGAUGCCUAUCACGUCUUCGUACGUUACGAAUGUACACGGGACUGCAUGGAUGACGGAGUUGCAGCGAAUGUGUAAUGCAGCGGGCGGGAGACUGGCAGCGGGCGAAAGGGAACUAGAUCGACGGCCAGCGCCGGGAGAGACUGAGGCGCCAACACUGCAUCCGGGUGACUUGUACCUCGCUACGGGAUCGUUGGAGGCAUUUCAGGGUGCUCUUGGAGGGGUCGCCGAUGCCGUAGAUUCAAUAUUCACCACAGAAUCAAACACGAAACGUGCCUUCGUCGCAGUCCGACCACCCGGCCACCACUGCUCGGCGGAUGUCCCGAGUGGCUUCUGCUGGCUAAACAACGUUCAUGUCGGUAUCGAGUAUGCCGCUCAGGCAUAUGGGUUGACACAUGCGGCCAUUCUGGAUUUUGAUCUGCAUCAUGGAGAUGGUAGCCAGGCCAUCACCUGGGAGCGAAACAGCGCCAAUAAUGUUAAACGACUUAAUGGGAAAAACAACAAGCAGAAACUCGGCCCUGAUAUUGGAUACUACAGCAUUCACGACAUCAACAGCUAUCCUUGUGAAAUGGGCGAUGACGACAAGGUGCAGGCAGCGAGUCUGUGUGUUGAGAAUGCACAUGGGCAAUCUAUUUGGAACGUGCAUCUACAGCCGUGGRAGACGGAGGAAGACUUCUGGCGGCUCUACGAGGAGAGAUAUCGAGUUCUGCUCGACAAGGCCAGCAUCUUCCUACAGCACCACGCUGAGCGCAUCAAAUCGGAAGGCAAGMUCAAGCCCAAAGCUGCCAUAUUCAUCUCUGCAGGAUUUGAUGCUAGCGAGUGGGAGGGUUCGGGUAUGCAGAGGCACAAAGUCUACGUUCCAACCGACUUCUAUGCACGAUUUACGCAGGACGUGGUCAAACUGGCAGAGGAAAUCGAAGGAUGUGAAGGUCGGGUCAUCAGUGUGUUGGAAGGCGGUUACAGCGAUCGAGCUCUGUGCAGCGGUGUUUUGAGUCACCUUUCUGGACUCUGCGCCGCCCCUCUCACCCCUUUGACAAAAGGCGUUGAAGCGCUCAUGGAUUUGAGUUCGCAGAUGACGGGAUUGUCAAUCAAUGGGCUUGGUUUGACGCAACAACUGCGCUAUGACAAGUCAUGGUGGUCUGCCGAGAACUUGACUGCCUUGGAAAUGAAAGUCAAUCCGCCUCCACCUCCGCAAGCAAAAAAGGUCCGAACUGGCCCUCAGCCAACAUAUGCCACCCCGACAGAAUCUUUCGCUUACAAGGUCGUUGACACGAACAAGUUUGCUCGCUCCAUUGCCGGGACUAUGAGGGACGCUCCAAUACCCACACGCGGACCAACACCUCCCCCACCGGAGGUUGACUGGGUCGUUGCCACUCAAGAGCUCUCCAAAUUGUUGAUUCCUUCGGAGAGGCAGACCAAGAGCUUCACCGCAGAGGAACUCGGAGGUGUACGGGUGAAGAAGGAACCGGCAGCUCCAACACAAACUUCCGGCGAUGCCACCCAACCUAGACAGCUGCGAGAUCGUAAAGCCAAAGGUCCCGUGCAGUCCGACAGCACUAGCGACGAUCUGGAAAGUGUUCUUUCUGCAAGCCGCGCCGAAAACAAGGCGAACAGACGCGAGACGAUCACAGUCUUGCCAUCCGCAACUCCAGUACCGCAGAGGAGAGCAAGCCGGCGUCUUAGCGAUGGCAGCGCGUUGGAUAUCUCGAGUAAUGCGAUCGAUGCAGAUGCGCCUCCAAUGCCGAUACUUCCCUCUGAGUUCACGAACGCCUCGCAUGGCGGUAUGAAGCCACCGCCUGUGCCUGCCGCUGGCUCACAGAUCAACAACAAGAAGCUUCGAGCUCCGAGCAAGCCAAGAAAAGCGGGCUCCAGUGCACCGACCUCCCCCAGAUCAAGUACGAGCUCUUCAGUUGUCCCUCCACGCCCAGUCAGUCGCGCUGGGAAUGCGACUGUCGCUGCGACGCCUACCACAGCGUCGGACGGAAUCGAUAGCAUCACGGCUGGCAUGAAGAAGACUAGUCUGACGCUCAAAAACAGCGCCACCAAGGAGGAGCACGAUGCGAAGCAAAAGGCCAAGCUGGACGCGGAUCGGAGAGCACGAGCACUAAAAGCCGCUGAGACCCGGAGGAUCAAUACUGCGGCAAAGAAAGUAGCGGCAGAGGGUGCAGCGCGAGCUUCAAAUUCUGGGCCGAAUCCCAGUGCAGGGAGUGCAGACAUCAAAUCCGUUGUGAGAAGUGGUCUCCCGGUGCCCAAGCCAGCCGGCGGGGCUAUCAAUCAGUUCCCAGCAAAGAAAGAAGAUGUGGAGCCGGCUAAGGGACUUCACCUUUCACAGCCUACUACGGAUUUCACGCCUGGAGACUACGCUAUGCAUGCGAACGGCGCGAGUCUUGUGCGAGAUGUUGCUCAAGAAGAGACACCGAUUAUGCCGCCGCCUGCGAAGCUUACCCCUGGUCAUGCACCAUCGGCAUCCAACCAACCCCUGUUCCUGCAUCAACAAGCACAUACAUUGCCUGAUCCCACCACAAUAGACACAGAGAUGUCAGAGAACACAGCACCUUCCAUGGUAUCCAACAUUGCAGGGUUCAGUACAGCGCCUCCACCUCCUCAAAUGCCCGUCGUCCAGCAGAUUCCAGAACACCAGUUUUCGGCUCAGGCGCCACCACAACCCAUGUCGAGCAAUCCUAUCUACAUGCCUCCUCUACCGACCAUGCCGACCAACGCGGGGUAUAUGCCUCCACCCUCCAUCAUCCCGCCCACGCCUCCCCAAUCAUCCAGCAACAACGGCCGUACUUUGCCCGUCUUUAGCAGCACAGGACCUAUUCCCUUUGGCACAGCGCCGCCGAAGAAGCCAGAAGAAGAGGGUAGUAGUAUAUGGGAUAUCCCGGAUACUCCUGCGAGAUGA